CUGCUGCGCGACUCAGCCAACUGAUGAUACGAGCACGAGCCGCGGCGUUCUUUGACGACGACGAAAAUGACGGGGCACCGGUGCCUACGUGGAUCAUGGGCAUUCCCUAUACAGAACUGCGCGAGGAGGAGAGGCGUCUGGACGUGUUUUCGACCAUGUGGAUUACAUACCGUAGCGGGUUUCCGAAGAUGGAGCCCUACGGCUACACCGAUGACUCCGGCUGGGGCUGCAUGCUCCGGAGCGCGCAGAUGCUCAUGACCCAGGCGUUGCAGCGCCACACCCUCGGCAGGUCUUGGCGUGUCCCGCGCACUCUGGAAGAGCGCCUGCGUGUGCCAGAGUACCGCACGCUCGUACGUCUCUUCGCCGACCAUCCAGGGGAGGCGAAUCUGUUUUCGAUACACAACAUGUGCCAGGUUGGCAUCCGAUACGACAAGCUACCUGGAGAAUGGUACGGGCCGACCACGGCGGCCUGCGUUCUCCGCGACAUCUCCGAAAUCUACGCCGAGCGGUUAUCGCCGCCCGCCUCGACGCCCGAACGACCAUCGUCGUCUACCGGACGAUUACGACAAGCGGAGGUCUCGGCUGCACCAGAUGAGCCUGCAGCCGCGGGGGGCGCAUGUAGAGGGGAAGGGACUUCGGGCACGUCACUAGAGGGAGGCGAUAACGUCGUAGAGGGGAAUUCGGAGAGAGAAAGUGGUGCUUCGCCGGCUGCAAACGGGGGAGCUAGCGGUUGUGGCGGCGGAGACAGCGACGCUUGUACCAGUCCCAGCGGGGGCAACGGCGACGGCGUGGUGUUUCCGUCGUCGCGACCCCUUCGGGUUUUCGUCUCUCAGGGGGAUGUCGUGUACAUCGACGAGGUGGAGGCGGUGGCGCUUCGAGGGGCCAGCGACACAGCAACAACGGCGACGACGGCAAAUGGUCACGGCGCCGUCAGCGGCGGCGAGCACCGCGAGGAGGCCAACGGCUCGGCGACAGGGGGUGGGUCGAGCUUAGCACGGUCGGAGGCUGCCGCGGACUCGACCGAUAGCCCCGCUCCCGCGUUCUUCGACCCCUUGUUGAAUCCAGGGAGCGGCGAGGGGGAGAACCCGCUGGAGAAGGCCUGGUCGAGCGCUGUGGUGCUGCUGGUGCCGUUGAGGCUGGGGCUGGACGAGCUCAGCGCGGGUUACAUACCAAGUCUGCUGGAAACGCUUCGGGUGCCGCAGUCCCUGGGGUUCCUUGGCGGCAGACCGAACCACGCGAUAUUUUUCAUCGGCGCGCAAGGAAACACGUUGACGGGGUUGGACCCUCACACCACGCAGCCCGCGGCCGACAUGGGCGAAGGUUUCCCCUCGGAGCGAUACGUGCACUCGCUGCACUGCCAGUCGGCUGUUUCGAUGGACGUGCACCGCAUCGACCCUUCCCUGGCGCUGGCAUUCUAUCUGCCGGACCGGGCCACCUUCGAAGACCUCAUAACAAGAAUCGGAGAGACAAAGCCGCCUCCUUUCUCGGUGGAGCAAACUCGGCCCGACUACGAGGGGGAGAUGGGGCUGGCCUUCAUGAUCAACCAGAGGGAUGACGACGGGACAACGGACGACGACGAUGACGAAUACGUCUUCGUAAAGGGUCCCGAGCGAUGACAUCAUUUUGGGCGAAGCGCUGGAUGUAUGGUGGAGGCCAUGUGUCGCUGUGGCCUAGCGGCAGCACCUGCUGGCUUAGACGGAUGUGGCACAAAUCCGCGAGAUUUAGGGGCGAAGACGCGGCAUUCUUUGCUGCUAUUAUAGGGCCUCUUGCCCGGUUGUACAGGCAGGAUUCUGAUGGGUGUAGCAUAGAAUGCUGGAGUAUCAAGUGUCAGCACUCGCUUCCGGCCGUGUCUGCCAGUGUCAGGUAACGCCGAUGAUGGAUGCGGUGUUGGUAAAUGAGGUUGGUGCCGAAUGCGGCGCCAUCUUGCUCCAGGGUGCUCCCGCCCCUCUGUACAGUUUUUGGGGCGAGCUGCUCUGUAUUCAGCGUUCUCAUUGGUGAUCGAAUGUCUUGACAAGAGCUAACUGCGGAAUGUUCACGUGUGCAGAAUUGUGACCUUUCUCGUUGGUAACGUAAGUUAAUGGGUCGUUCGUCUGAUGAUGAUCUAUCGUAAAUUCAUGGCCCGCUGUUGUCCGUCAGUGAACCUCACGCGGAGU